AUGUCAAAGAAAGUGACCAUAGCUUACGGUGGUUCCAAUGGAAACAAAUUUGAUGAUGGUGUUUACGAGGGUACUUACGACGGUGUGCGUAAAUUGAUAGUUGGAGAAGACUUUCAUGGCAUCGUUUACCUCAAGAUCCAGUACGUGAAAAACGGUGAUGUCGUUGUUAAAGAACACGGAAGAGCAAGAGGAACACAUAUUACAGAGACCGAGUUUGAAGUGAAGUGCCCAGACGAAUACAUUACGUCUAUUUGGGGAACAUGCAGAAACGAUCAUCACAGAUACAAAUCUACCGGCGGGAGAACAUUUGAACAGCUCACUGCUGCAGACAAAUACGACAUAAAUCUUGCUGCAAAAAUGGGAACUCCAAUGUAUUGGAACACGGUGUCGGAGCUUCAAUUCAAAACAUCACACGGGAGAACAUCUGAGCAGUUUCGUAUGCCCGGUACUGGAGGAUCCAACGGGGUCUCUUGGGAUGAUGGGGCUUAUGAUCGUCUGAGUAAAUUGUGUGUUGGAGAAGAUGCUCAUUGUGUGAGCUCCGUUGAGUUCCACUAUGUUAAGGGAAACGACCGGAUAACUCAUUGUCACGGAAAGGAUUCGAAAGAACACGACAAAGAUGGAUUCAUCUCGUCUUUAACUUUCAAAACAUCAAUGAAUAGAAGUUCUGAGAAAUUUGGGAAACCGGUUGGUACAAAAUUCCAACUUGAGGCAAAAGGGUUCGAUAAGAUUGUGGGGUUCCGAGGAAGGUCGUCCGUAAAUCGUAUCAAUGCACUCGGAGCAAAUUUUGCGGUGGUGGUAGUUCCUCCGGUCAAGAAACUAAAUGCAAAAGGUGGUGUCCUUGGGAACGAGUGGGAUGAUGGGAUUCACGACGAUGCUCGAAUGAUAACAUUCAAGCUCUAUUUUAACAAGGAAUACAUCACAUCCGUUGAAGGACACUAUGGUAAGAGGUUAGCAGCACCUAAUGCAUCCGCAUCUGCCAUGUCUUCAUUUUUUACCGGUUAUAUGACGAUGCUUAAGUUCAAUACAAACCGUACAACAUAUCAAGUGUUAAGUCACAGUCCAGAAUACACUUACGAGGGAACAUCAUUCAAGCUUGAGGAGAAAGAUCACAAGAUUGUUGGGUUUUAUGGGAAGACUGAAGUUUCUCUCAACCAAAUUGGGGUUUAUGUCAAGCCAAUCGCUAACGCUUAAGCUUUUAAUCUUUGCUUUGAUAGAAUAAUUGAGAGAAAAAGCUAUAUAUGCUUAUAAUCUCCUUAAUUUAUGGUCUUAUGUUGUCGUCAUAGUUGUUGUUUCUACACGGUUUAUAGUAUCCUC